AUGAAGUACUCUGCCGUCAUCGUCGCUCUCGCUGUCAGCUUCGCCUCAGCUGCCCCAGCCUUCAGCAAUGAGAAAUUGCACAAACGAGGAGGCGGCCCUUUGUGUCUGGAAAUGUGUGCGCCCUUCGCUCCGGAAUGGCCAAUCUACUCGGGCUGCUUGGUUGCCUGUCUUGCCCAAGGCACCGAGGGCGAGCCAGUAGAGGCUGAGGAGAUUGUCAACCCUUAA